GUUAGAAACUUUUCUUGAUCGUAUUGGCUGAUAGCGCCCACAUUGCGUAAGCGGAAGAAAAUGCGUUGCUUGCGCAGUUCCGGCUUUGCGAGCGCCCCUCGUCCGUGCCGCAUGAUCACGGGGAAUGCACGAUCUCGGGCGUUGACAUUGUGUCCGCAAUCCCUGCUCAAAGUGACCGCGGACGCGCUGCCGGCGGGGCGCUCAGUAAGCUGGUCGCAAACCGCAGACGAGGUGUCGCUGACAGUGCCAGUGAGCGAGGGCGUUAAGGGGCGAGACGUGAAGCUAGAGGUGCAUCCCAAGCGCCUGCGCCUGUCUGUGGGCGGCAAGGCGGUGCUGGAGGGUGGGCUGGAGGACGCGGGCGAGGUGGCGGUUGAUGACUGCUUCUGGACCAUGGAGACGGACUCUGCCGGCGACCGCUAUGUGGCUGUGACGCUGUCCAAGCGCACCAUGGGCUAUAUGAGUUGGGAGGCGCUGCUGGAGAGCGACCGCCCGGACACCUCAGUCACAUCCAGGGUAGCGCUCAAGGUGAGCAUUGGUGGCGAGCCGGCCGGUGCGGUGGUGUGCGGGCUGUACGGCAACACCGUGCCCAAGACUGUGGAGAACUUCCGGGCGCUGGCCACUGGCGAGAAGGGCAAGUCGGAGGUCAGUGGCGUGGAGCUCAGCUUCAAGGGCAGCAAGUUCCACCGCAUCAUUCCGGGCUUCAUGAUCCAGGGUGGCGACUUCACGCACGGUGAUGGCACUGGUGGCGAGUCCAUUUACGGCGAGCGCUUCGAGGAUGAGAACUUCAAGCUGCGGCAUGACACUGCCGGGCUCCUGGCUAUGGCCAAUGCUGGACCAGGAACAAACGGGAGCCAGUUCUACAUCACACUGGGGCCACAGCCGCAUCUGGAUGGCAAGCACGUUGUGUUUGGGAUAGUGGAGGCGGGCAUGGAGGUUGUUCGCGCGAUGGAGAGCGAGGGCAGCUCAAGUGGCAGCGUCGAGCGGCCUGUGGUGAUCGAGGAAUGCAGCGAGCUGCCGCUGGGAGUGGACGCGCUGGAAGCAGUGGCGGAGGCAAACAAGAUGCUGCGCCUGGCCAAGGCGUAGUGGCACAGCAGAUUUCGGUGGCUCUGUUGUCUAGGUGAAGGUGUUGGUCAACUAGCUUAAUAAAGGUGUACUGGUCCUGGAACUGCCCGUGGCCUCACGUGCCGUGGCCUGCUCCCUUUGACCUCCUCCCAGUUGCCGUUUGGCUUGAUCGCCAUCUUACGGUCAUGCUUGGCGCUGAGUUUGUUGAAGCGACUGACCACUCUAACUUACCGCUGCCAGCAGCACGGCAAGCGGAAUCCAAGGGUUCCUGGAAUCCUGUAUGACUUACAGAUAGUAUUGACUACUAAUAGUAGGCAGCACUGCGUUAUGAUGUGAGUUUGUGGGACGGGAGGGAUGUGACACAGCACCCCGGCCUGCGCAGCACCGCAGGAGCCCCACGCACGGUAUUUUAUCCAUUGUGCGCGGGAAAGUGUGGCAUUGGCCAGGUACACAUGAGACGAGAGAGGAGCGGAGAGCCAGCACGCUACUACCCGACGGAUAUAUCUUAUCCACCUUCAGGGCCAGUUCAGGUUCAUGACUGGAGGCAUGGGAACAUGAGCGGCUGAUAACGGACUCGAAUGCAUUCCCCUCAGACUGCAAGCAAGCUGGCAUACACGUUGGCAAAUGCAUUGGAAGGGUCUAAGCGCAUAAGGGACUAAGGGUCCGCAUUGCCGAACAUGCACCAGUGUAGGGCGUGCAACGACAGCCCCCUACAGCUUAGCCCAAACUCCAAUCAUCUUG